AUUCAUCACAGUACAGAAAGUGUUUCAUGAUAUAAGAUUGAAUGAAUGCUGACUCGGGAAAUAUGUCCAUUUUGCUCCCGUCGGAUCUCAGUGCGGCUUUUUUUAUACAAGAAAUCAUAAUAUAUUUAAUAUGCAGGUUGGAAACGUGAGUCGGACUAAAUGGAACACGAUGUUUACUUCGACUUGUGACGUUUUCGUGAAGACAUGGGCCUCCUAUUUAGAUAUCAAUAUUUUUGGAGGUGCCAAGAAAAAUGCGUUGUCAUCGGGAAGAGAAAUGAAAACCAUUUUUGUCCAGGACGUCGCCGUUGAAUUCUGCGUGUCUGGUGUGGAGCGAGGAAGGGGCGGCUGCCAUUGGCCGAGCCGCCUUCCACGUGGUCCGGCAGUCACGCGCCUUCCAGGAAGUGACAAAACAAAACAAAAACAAGAGCGAGCGAGCGAGGAAAAGGAGGAAAAGAAAAAGGGAAAGGAAAGAAAUACACGAGAGCCAACCCAGUCCCAGUCGGGACUCGGACCGGAGGAGUUUCGCUGCGGCGCCAAGCGCGGCUUGCCCGGAAGUUUGUUUGUUUAGUUAUUUUCCUACGGGGGACGAAACCGAGGCGAAAGGUUUGCUUGCGCUUCUUCUUUGGCUUUCAAAAGAUCUUGCUCCCCCCUCCCCGCAGGAUUACUCGCCCGGCGACGAGCUGUCAUCCUUGUUCGCUGCGGCCGACGGAGCCCCAAUCCAACGGAGCUCUCGCCUUUCAAAGGGCGGAAAAAAACAACAAGAGUCUUCUUCGAGCAGGCGGGACACUGAGGGGCCGCCCACGCCGCCGCUGUGCCCCCCUCCCCGCCCCCUGCGCCCGAGUGCCCCCGCACCGCUGGGACCGGACUCCGGGCCCGGAGGUUCCCCACCCCUGGAGCGCCAAGCUGUGCCUUGCGAUGCCUCAGCCCAGCGCGAAUGGGAUGGAGCCUCCCUUUGGGGACGACUUUCAGCACUUCUUCUUUGCCGACCAGGCGCUGACCAGCACCGAGCUGCUGGCCAACACCCUGGACCCCGACUUCAUGUACGAACUGGACAGAGACACGAGUCACCGACAGAGCCCAUACGGCGACGGCGUGGCGGGCGUGGCCGACGGCGCCAAGGAUUGCGAGGCGGGCCCCGAGCAGCAGCUGAUGAUGGCGCCCGGCGAGUGCGACGCGGCGCAGGCUGGCUCGGCGUUUGAGGAGUGGGACGGGUACUGGGAGGACCUCACGAGGUACACGCGUCUGACCAGCUGCGACAUCUGGGGCACCAAGGAGGUGGACUUCCUGGGCUUGGACGACUUCUCCAGUCCAUACCAAGAUGAGGAGGUGAUCAGCCGGACGCCCACGCUGGCCCAGCUCAACGGCGAGGACUCACAGCCCGUGUGCGAGGCCCUCUACCCCCCCGCCGAACCGACUCCUCCGGGCCCCCAGCCGCCGCCGGCCCCCGCCGAGCGAAUGCCGCUCCCCGGUUGGGGCGCCGGCCUCACCCGCCCCUCGGCCAGUUGCGCCUCGUCGUCGCGCCUCUCCCGGAGCCUCCUCCCGGACUUCCCAGAAGGCUUCCAGAAGGCCACCCGGCCGGUCCCUUCCAGCACCGAAACCAUGACCAAGACUCAGGAGCACCGGCGGCACGUCCGUGACCGAGAGCCCUCGGGCAAAGCCCCGGCGCGAGCUUCAGAGACGUCGGCUCCGUCGACCAACUUUGACUUUGUGCGGAAGGCCAAAGUCCGCCUGAGCUCUCAGAGAGCUCAGCUGCACGCCCCCUCGCGGAUCCGUUUCGAGAAGGCGGACGUCCCCCCGGCUCUGCGGCUCGAUGUGGUCGCGUCGGCCGGCAACGGCGAGCCGGCGCCGGCCACCGGCUGCGGCUUCAGUGCUGGGAAGCCCACCGCCGCCGCUCCUCUGCAGGAAGAGGUCCGCGGUGCCCCGGAGGGCGAGGCCCCGGGCCCAAAAAGCGCCGGCGGCCUCGGCGAAGAGGAGAAGAGCAAAGAGGAAGAACACAAUUACUCGCUGUUCCUCACCCGAAGCCGCCAGGCCGCCAGGAGCCUCUCGCGGCUGGACGACGACGACGAGGAAGAGGACGAGGAGGAAGAUGAAGAAGACGACGAGGGCGACGGGCAGGAGUUGGACGACGACGACCACAACGAGGACUGCGACGAAGGCUUCGGGACCGAGCACGAUCUCUCCGACAACGAGGAAGAGGAAGAGGAGGAGGACGAGGAUGAGGACUACGAGGCCGACAAGGACGGCGACAUGAGCGACAUUUUGUCUGAGCCCGGCGGCGACGGGUCCCUCCCGGAGGACGCCAAGGGCUCGGCGGCGGGCGCGUCGAGCCGCAAGCGCGGCAAGCACCGCUACUUCUGGGAGUACAGCGAGCAGCUGACGCCAUCCAAGCAGGAGCGCCUGCUGAAACCGUCCGAGUGGGACCGGCAAACUCUGCCCAGCAACCUGUACCAGAAGAACAAACCCCUGCACGGGAAGUACACACUGAAGAAGUCCCGGCGCACCGACGUGGAGGACUUGACCCCCAACCCCAGGAAGCUCCUGCAGAUCGGCAUCGAGCUCCGAAAGCUCAACAAAGUGAUCGGGGACCUGACGCCCGUCAGUGAGCUGCCGUUCAUCGCCAGGCCGGGUUCACGCAAGGAAAAAAACAAGCUGGCGUCCAGGGCCUGCCGUCUGAAGAAGAAGGCGCAGUACGAAGCAAACAAGGUCAAGCUGUGGGGACUCAGCACCGAGUACGAUCGGCUGCUGUUCGUCAUCAACGCCAUCAAGGGGGAGAUCGUGACCCGCGCGGAAGACCCAAACCCCGGCGCCGGGAGCAUGAGCGACACGCUGGACAGAAUCAUCCGGGACAAGCUCGUGUCGCCGCCUGUGGCCGGGCAGACUUCGGACUUCGUCAACAAGAUCCUGGAGAACACGGGAUCCGGCGACCCCACCGGCGGGCUGGUGGGCCUGCGGGUGCCCACCUCCAAAAUGUAGAUGGAAGCCCGCCCUCCUUAUAACCACGCCCCUUUUGCAUGCCCCUCCCGCCCGACGUCCAUGCACCUAUGUCGUCGCAUGCCCGCCCCGCCCCGGCCCCCGUCCCCACCCCCGCCCUCCCGCCCCUCGGGCCGGCCGUGACGUGAACGCGUGGAAGUCCUCGUCGUCUCACGCCUCGACGUUCCCGAGCGGAACAGGAAGUAGUUUGGUGCUAGUUGUACGUGGGCGGGCCGAACCAGGGCGUCGGACUAGGAAACGGGAAGACGAAAAGAGGAAGCUGGCGCUGCCCCCGUCUUGUACAGUAGACGUGAGUGGGUUCAUGCUAGUGUCGCGAGUGAUCCGAAUCUAUUCAUUGUGCCUUGUGCGUGCGUGACGGCGGUUAAAAAAAAAAAAAUAUUUGUGCGCGUGUGGGGAAGACAUGUUGUGAUGUGUUCAAAGAUCUUGUAAAUGUGCGUAAAUAUGAGAGCUCUGCUUGCGCGAUGCCACAGAGUCACUGUGUGUGCGAAUGUGUGCGAGUGUGUGUGUGGGAGGCCUCUGCAAUAGAUGACCGUUGCGUGUUGGUACUCUCCGGGCGGGCGAGGCCGAGAGCUCGUUUUGAGUUACAAAACUAAAUAUUUGCACACUCUUAUUAAUCUAUUUUCAUUGAUUGUUUUUGUACCAAAGACAUGCAACAAAAUGGCGAGCUAGCCAGGCAAGCGUAAGGUUUUGCACAGCUUACAUGACGCCGUACUGAAUGUAGAUGCGGAGGGGGGGGGGCCGAGGGACCCCAACGGAACUGUGAAGCUCGUCGGGUCCACAAAUACAACAUUUCGUGAUUUUUUUUUUUUUUCCCCCGGUCCUUGUUACGAGCAAAGUGCGCUAACUAGAUAAGCUAGCUUUUUAUCGGGAAACGUCGCCCACACAAAAAAAAGCAAAAUGCCCACCCCGCCCCGCCCCCACACGUGUUCUGAAAUUGCAGCGGCUCCUCUUCAAGCGAGCGCGCCGCAAAGCCGGACGCGCAAACGUUUCGAUCGGCGCGCUCGCGACGACGGAAAGGAAACGGCGGGCCGCUCCUUCCCUCUGUUUGUCACCGACACUUUGGAGACAACAGUUACCCAAAUCCAUAUUUUUUUCUCGUCAGCGGGAACACGGUUGCCGCCUCGAGAUACGAGCCGGGCUCCUUCCGUCACCGUGCUCCUAUUUCAAAAGUAUCGUAACUCAAAUCGGCUUUCCCCUAGAGAAAUGAAUAAACUCCAAGCGAUGCAUUCCGCACCAAAAAUAUUAUGAAUUAUAAAAUUGCACAUAAAAGCUUCAGAAAAGUCACAGUUGGCACCGAGUACGUCCCGCUUGCACGUCUCCUUUGCGUUGAAAAAAAAAAAAAAAUACUAAUAAUAACCUCGAGAAUUUGUGCUUCUAUUUUUGUACUUUUGCUCGCUCGCCGGCAUCGAAGGUUUCAGGACGGGCCGACAUUCCCGCGGAUUUCGACACGCGCGGAAAGCGUCGAGUGGACGCUUCCGGAAUUGUUGUUUCUCCGCCACAAAAAAAAAAAAAAAAAGUUGGAUUGAAAAGCGGGUUGUGUUACACGUACGUACAUAAAUAUAUAUUCAAUAUAUAUAUAUAUAUAAACCUUUAUAUUUCUACCGAUGUGGUUCCGUCUAAAGAAGGGAGAACUUGGUGCUCUUUGAAACGAUGAUCCAAGAUUCUUAUUUGACUCGUUUUCCACUCCCGUCCAUUUCCACUUUUGUAAAUAGUUCAAAACGUUAAGUGUGCUUGAUAUCGACACGAUAGAAGAGUCACUAGAUAGAUAGAUAUAUAUAUAUAUAAUACAUAUAUAUAUAUAUAUAUAUAUAUAUAUAAGAAUAUUAUAUGUUUAACGCAAUUGCACUUUGUUUUAAAAAGAAAAAAAAUACAAAAACAAAGAAAAAGAAAAGCAUUUUUUCUUCCAUUUGCUGCUAAAAAAAAAAAAAGGCCUCGUGCGAAUGCUGCAAGUGUACUUGAACGCCACUUGCUAGGCCGCUCCUUGUGGACCCAUCUAUCACCCGGCUCGUCUACGACCCGACUCGGUGCGGUCUAUUGUUUGGGCCAAGACCUGGUCCGUACGUAGGUCUGCGUUCUGGAUCGUAGCGGUCUUGCGACUCGAUCCGUGGUACGGUCUCCAUGAACGAGUCUGCGACCCGGCCGGGUGCGGUCUAGCGCCGUGACCUUGCUCGGUGCAGUUUGGCUCGCGGUCCACGACGUGGUCCCUGACCAAACUGGGCGCAGCCUAGGAUCCGGUCUGCGACUUAACGUCUUCGACCCGGAUCGGUGUGGUCUACAACCCGGUCUGUGACUCUCGUCACCUAAAAUUGGUGCAAUCCCAUCCGCCGGUCCACGACCCGGCCGGAUGGGGAAGGGGAGGGGUUCUAGGACCGGGUGGGCGCGGUUACUGGUAAGCCUGGCGUACGUCCCAGGCGCGGGGGCCCAGCCAUUUGCCUACGGAAAAGCAAAUUGUGCUUUGACUUUCUUCAGGGUGAUGUACAGCCUCGAAAGCUCAACGUUAUAUUGUUCGCGUUUGUAAACUGAUUUCUACUUGUGAGUUCAUGAGGGGGCGGGGCUUAGAAGUUCUAUAUCACUGUACUGUAAAUGGCACGCCUCCAACCACGACUCAAUCUGGACUUUAUGGCCUUCUACCAAACUACUCGACAACAAAUCAAUAAAAAGCCGGGAGGGCGGACGCCGCUGACUCCGAUCCGCUCAGAACCACCUCGACUGAAGUAGCAAACUUUUUUUUUUUUUUUGUCAGUUGCGUGGGGGGGUCGACCACCGGCUGAACUGACGGCGACUGGCUGCCAAGUGUGUGAGUGCGUCCGUGUGCGUGUUGGGACAAAGAUGGGAACUCUGUGGCAUUUUUGGUUUUUCCAGGUCGAGGAAAAGAAAGGAGAGAGAAUUCCCGCCAGUAAAUGUCGUUCUCUUCUUUGGAGGUGUUCUGUGUGCUACUUUGUUCAAUAAUAAACGUGGAUGCUGAAACUCUU